AUGUCAGAUAGUAUUGAAAAAUCUAGCGACGCCAUCAAACAUGAUUUGGAGCUAGUCGAUGCUGUUUCUUCUCUUAAUGAAGUUACCAAAACAGAAUCACUUAACCGUUCGUUAUCUACCAGACAUGUUAAUAUGAUCACUAUUGCCGGUGUCAUUGGUACCGGGUUAUAUUUAGGUACCGGUAAAAUGUUGGCCACUGGUGGUCCUCUUUCCCUUUUAUUGAACUAUGCCAUUAUCGGUUUGGUUGUGUUUUUCAUGAUGCUUUCUCUUGGAGAAAUGUCGGUGCAAUUCCCUAUUUCAGGUUCCUUCACAGUAUAUGCCAAAAGAUUCGGAAAUGAUUCUCUUGGGUUUGCCAUUUUACUUAAUUAUUGGUUCAAUGAUUGUUGUUCAGUUGCUGGAGAUUUAGUGGCAUUACAAUUGGUAUUCCAAUACUGGACUGAUUUCCAUUGGUGGGUUAUUUCUCUUAUCUUCUGGGUAUUCCUUUUAGCCCUUAACGUCAUUCAUGUGAGAUUAUAUGGUGAAACCGAAUAUUGGUUGGCAUUAUUGAAAGUGAUCACUAUCUUGAUCUUCUUUAUUGUCAGUAUCAUUUGUAAUGCUGGUAAGAAUGACCUGGGAUCUUAUAUCGGAUUCAAAUUUUGGAGUUAUGGAGACGCACCAUUUGUCGAUGGUAUCCGUGGUUUUAGUUCCCUUUUUGUUUCUGCUGCUUAUGCCAUGGGUGGUUUAGAAUCAGUUUCCCUUACUGCCGGUGAAACUGUCAAUCCCGUAAAGGUUAUUCCAAGAACUAUCAAAGCUACAUUCUGGCGUAUAAUGAUUUUCUACAUCUUCACUGCCUUUUUCAUUGGUAUGAAUAUUCCAUAUGACUAUCCAAAUCUUAUGACCAAGACCGUUGCUACUUCUCCAUUCACGAUUGUGUUUCAACAAGUAGGUGCCAAGGGUGCUGGAAGUUUCAUGAAUGCAGUCAUCAUGACUUCGAUUUUAUCUGCAGGUAAUCAUGCCUUAUUUGCCGGCUCUCGUCUUGCAUUCAACCUUGGUUCUCAAGGAUACCUUCCAAAAUUCUUCACUCGUUUGAACAGAUUCAAGAUUCCAUACGUUGCCGUUAUCAUCACUUGGCUUGUUGGUGGGUUAUGUUUCGGGCUGGCUUUUGUUGGUGCCGGUACUUUAUGGUCCUGGUUGCAAGCCAUUGUUGGUCUUUCUAACCUUAUUUCCUGGUGGUUAAUUGCCGUUAUUUCAAUCAGAUUCAGAAGAGGGUUAGCCAAACAGAACAGAACGCACGAAUUGUUGUUCCGUAAUUGGACAUAUCCUAUUGGACCAUGGUUUGUGGUUUUGUUUGGUGGGUUCAUUAUAAUUAUUCAAGGGUGGUCUACAAUAUCACCAUUUGAUGUCAGCGGAUUUUUCCAGAGUUAUUUGGAAUUAUUGGUUUUCCCAGUAACUUAUAUUUUCUGGUGGUUGAUUAUUAGAAGAGGUAAAGAUAGAUUUGUCAAAAAAGAAGACAUGGAUUUCGAUACCGAUAGAUAUUUCCAAUCUCCUGAGGAAUUAGAAGAGAAAGAGUAUGCUCAAAGUUUGAAAGGAUGGGCUAAGUUCAAAUACAACUUUGUUGACAACUUUUUGUAA